UGGGAUUUUAAAAAGAAAAUUGCCAGCAUGGCCAUUCUCGGUUUCCAUACUUUACUGUAGAACAUGUUAUUCCUAGUUUUGUCUGACAUAAAGUAGUUUUUCUUACUUCUCAUUAGUGAACUGUAAAUUAAAGUGCGACCCGAAUGAAUCCGUUGAAGUGACUAACUCCUCUACGUGUCAUUCUACAGGCUUUUGUUCCACUUGCCUGGUGCACGUUGGUGGUGCGCUCACACGAAACCUCAUCAUCAGCAGAUGAACGCGUCUCUCCAGCGGACUCAGUGACUCUCUCUCCAUCAGCGCGCGGGUUGGAGCUGCUCUCUCAGACUGUGGCUGAGCCGAAGGGGAGGACAGGAUGGACGGAGAGUAACCGCGCUCCUCUCUCUGGGAAACUACUCUGUUUUUUCCGACCAAGGCUCCAUCAUCUCCACCGUGUCCGCACGCAGUCCGCGUCUCUCUUGGCAACCCCCGGGGACACCUGUCGCGUUUCAGCUGGGCAGUACCUCCAUCACUGAACGCACGUUUCCUCAAAGGCUGUGGAGACAGAGAGCUGGUGGUUGAGGCGGCUGCAGAGUCUUAGAUGAACUGAAGCCGGUCUCUGCGGGGACCAUCUAACCUGCCUCAGCUGCGCUUCGUGCCGCUCCACCGUCUCAUUCAGGCUCCGACAGCGUUCCCGUCUGCUUUUUCAGGCAUCAGCCAUGAGAGGACGAUGGAGCUCAUAUUCCAUGUCAGUGCUGCUCUCUCUGAUCGUGCUGUGGCAGACACGGUCAAAGGCGGAUUCCAAUUCAACACGUAACUUCAAAGACAUCACAACCUUCACUAAGAUCCUGGACAGUCUGCUGGACGGAUAUGACAACAGACUGAGACCUGGUCUGGGAGACCGAGUGACAGAAGUGAAGACUGACAUCUAUGUGACCAGCUUUGGCCCAGUGUCUGACACAGAUAUGGAGUACACUGUGGAUGUUUUCUUCCGUCAGAGUUGGAAGGACGAGCGACUGAAGUUCCACGGGCCGAUGAACAUCCUGCCUCUCAACAACCUGAUGGCCAGUAAGAUCUGGACUCCUGACACCUUCUUCCACAACGGCAAGAAAUCAGUGGCCCAUAACAUGACCAUGCCCAACAAGCUGCUGAGGAUCAUGGAGGAUGGAACCCUGCUGUACACCAUGAGGCUCACGGUUCAAGCUGAGUGUCCCAUGCACCUAGAGGACUUCCCCAUGGACUCUCACUCGUGUCCUCUGAAGUUUGGCAGCUACGCCUACACUAAGACCGAGGUCACCUACAUCUGGACUCGUAACGCCUCCCAGUCUGUGGACGUUGCAGCUGAUGGGUCCAGACUCAACCAGUACGACUUGGUGGGCCAGAGUGUGGGGAAGGAGACCAUCAAAUCCAGUACUGGUGAGUACACAGUCAUGACGGCUCACUUCCAUCUGAAGAGGAAGAUCGGCUACUUUGUGAUCCAGACCUAUCUGCCCUGCAUCAUGACGGUCAUCCUCUCCCAGGUCUCCUUCUGGCUCAACCGGGAGUCAGUGCCGGCCAGAACUGUCUUUGGUGUGACUACAGUCCUCACUAUGACCACGCUGAGUAUCAGUGCCCGUAACUCACUGCCUAAGGUGGCCUAUGCUACAGCUAUGGACUGGUUCAUCGCCGUCUGUUACGCCUUCGUCUUCUCUGCGCUCAUUGAAUUUGCCACAGUCAACUACUUCACCAAGAGAGGCUGGGCCUGGGACGGGAAGAGUGUCGUCAAUGACAAGAAAAAGGAAGCAUCCAUCAUGAAGAAGAACAACGCCUACGCUGUAGCGGUGGCUAACUACGCUCCCAACAUCACAAAGGACUCCACGCUGCCCACCAUCUCAAAGUGCGCUCUGAGCGACCCCAACAAAACCACGGCAGAGACCAAGCCCGAGCAGAGCAAGAAGACCUUCAACAGCGUCAGCAAGAUCGACCGCAUCUCCCGCAUCAUGUUCCCCGUGCUGUUCGGGAGCUUUAACCUGGUCUACUGGGCCACCUACCUGAACAGAGAGCCGGUCCUCAAAGAUCUGGAUCCUUCCAAGUGAACUGCAGGGACUCACUCCACACAAGCAGGACUUACACAUCUGUCAGCUUUCUUUUUUUUUUUUUUUUUUUUUAUGCAUGAAGAAUUCUCCUCUCUUCUUCUGUCAUUCCUACAGAGAACAACGUUUGAUCGAUGCAGGUAAACAUCAGAACUGGGUCAGAACAAACUGAGAGAGGUGAUUUCAUUAUCUUAGUUUUACCUGUAGUUUCAGCCCAGACUGAGAGAAACUAAAACCUCAUCACCAUUCAAGAAAAAUAUCAAAAGGAAAAGAAUAUCAAAAAGAUAUUUCCUUCAAAUUAAAUGUUAUAAUCAUGACAGUAUCAUCUGGUGAUAUUAGAAAACAAAAUAAAGGGAAGGAAAAAAAAUCUCUAUAAACAAGAAAAUUUAAGAAAAUAAUCAAUGUUUAAAGCUGCACUGACCAAUAUUUUUUAUAUUGAAUCAAUAACAAUGAAUGAGAUGAGUAUGUGUAAUAUGAUCGUGUGAAACCUCCCUCAGCUCUACAGAGCUUUUCUUUCAGCUCGUUGUUUUAUGUCCAGGAGCUUCAGUUUUGAUCAUCAGCCUCAUUUUCACCUGCAGUUGCUGUGAACACAGUGGAGCAUUUAGCAGCUAAAGACCCAGUUAUUUCCUCAGGAGCUGGUGUUAAAGAAGAAGAGUUAAAGGGAAAACUGUUAGUGUGUCAGUGCUGUGUUUUCAUCAGCUGCCACCAAGAGGCCAAAAUGUCAAUAAAUGCAGCUUUAAUUAGAAUUUCUGAAACUAUAAAUUAAGCACAAAUCAAGCUAAAAAGGCAAAUUAACUCUAGUUAGCCCUUCCUGUUUCCUGGUCCUGAAGUCUCAGGUUCUUUGAAUGUGUUUUUGGUUAGAUGGCUGAAAUAAGGUCUGUGUUUAACAAAAGCUCAAGACAUUUUCACGUUUAUUCUACAACAUAAAAUACGUCAGUGAAUAUCCCAGUCCUGAUUUCUUUAAACUUUUUUCCUCUGUUAAAAAAGGAGCUAACUAGUGUCUAAGUGAGACUUAGUGAGGUUGUCAGGGACGUUAAACGUCAUCAUGUUGAACAUGAAAACAGAUCUACUCACCAGUCCACCUUUACAGCCUCGUGUUUAUAUGAACUGUUACUAACCGUGUCAGAGGAAAGGCUUUUUAUAGAAGAGAUAAGAGCUAAAUCAAAUUAGUUGAAGUUUAGUGGUGGUGACGGUGAAGUCAUGUGACCGUGGUGUAGUUGGUUUAUAGGCUAACAUUAGCUUUUAACUUCUGCUGAUUGUUUUUAGGCUUCAAACAUCAUAAAGUGGAGUUCAUUAGUGAAGAUGAUCCUGCUGAACUAAACCUGUCGGGAUCAUAAACUGUUGUUUAUUUUCUCUAAUAAUCCAAAAGACAAUGGAAGAAUCCCAGUGACUUUUAAUGGAGGGAACUGGGGUGAUGAUAACUGCAGGGUUGGACUAUAAAAAUACAUCAUCAUGCAGAACUGUAUUGACUGAAUUUUAAUUCAAGUUUCAAAUCCUGUCAAAUUAAUUUCACCAAUCCCGCAGUCAGAAUUAUGUUUAUUUGUAUAUUUAUUUAUUUUUGUAUUUAUUUGUUAAUUUACUUGUGCGCUAGCAUAUUUCACACGUCUUUAUCUGGUAAUUUUAGGAAAACCAAAACCUUAUUAACUAUAUAGAACGGUCCAGAUGUUCCUGCUGUUAAAUGUUUCAGCACAUUAGGACGUUUCUCUUCCGCCUGCCAAAUGAAACUACUGGGUUAACUAAACUAGGCCCACCUGCUAGCUUGUUCUGGAGCGUCUUAAAGUUUGUUCAGCUCUCAUGGAAAUGUAGGGGUUUGAACUUUCAAUUAUUAUUAUUAUGCCACUGCCAGGACCUUCUGUCCAUAUUGUCCACUUAAAGUCAAUGAUCUGUCCGGCUUGUCUGGGUGAAAGUAAAGGAAAGAGGUCAUGAGAAAUAAAGUGUUGUUCAGGUAUUAAAGGUAAAAACAGCUGCAGGGAAAUAAACUAAAAAAAAUUUCCAAUCAAAUCUCUAAUCAACAGCAGUAACAAUGAUUAUCCGAGGAUCCAUUUCCCGUAGAUUUGUGCUUUCUCAUAACUGUUAGGUGUAGCACUGCUGGGUUAAGGAGUCAUAAUUAUCACAAAAUGUGUCUGAAUUUGAUUUUAUUCUUCCUGAAGCUUAUAAAAUUUUCUUUCUCUGUUAAUAUGUUCUUGCACAUCCAGCACCGCUAAAAUGGGUUUUGUCAUUAAUGAGCGUCUGUAUUCACGAGGCCACGGGGAGCUGAGAGGCAGCGAGUCAGCACUCAUCUCUAAAUACAGCUCUGCUGGGUGUUGUCAUCUAAAUACUGAGCAUCAACCAGACCUGAGUCUCCUCAGUCUGCCCACAUUGGACUUCAUCUCUGGGAAAACAUGGAGUGUUGAGGGAGUAGUCUGGUCCUGUGGGUGUAGCGGGCUGUCAAAUUAACAUCUGUACACAUCAAGAUAUUUGCAGGGAACUUACUCCACACCACAGCUUCACCACCGGCACAUCCAGAUCACUCUGUAGCUCUUGUACAGGUUUUUAGACUCUUCUCCCGCUCUGGACACAACUGUGUGAGAAUAUUGUUUUGUGUGUAUGAAAUGUAAAUAUUUUUUUAUUGUAAUCUUUUUAUAAGCAAUGUAGCAAGAACAAAGGACCUAUACAUAUUUAAUAGUCUCAACCUACAGCCUAAAGUGUCAGUAAUUCUGCAUUC